UGUGACAGCAUAGUGUGGUGUUGUCGACGCCCAGUUAUUCUCGUGAGUUGCAUUGGCAUUCUUUUGUUAACAAAUCAAUUAUUAUAACUUCCACAUACGUUAACAAUCAGAGUGAUAUGUAUUCUGAUUCAACUAUUGUGAAUUUAUCCUCGAUACAAUUAGCCUUGAUGCCCACUGAAUGAACACUCAGAGUUGUGAAGCGUAAGAAAAAAAUCAGUCGCCCAUUAAAUUUAAAUACAAUCAGAUACCUUAUCACGUUAGGCAUUUUUUAAUACGAGAGAAUGCAAACGAUAAAGUGCGUGGUGGUUGGGGAUGGUGCUGUGGGUAAAACAUGUCUACUCAUCUCUUAUACAACUAAUAAGUUUCCAUCGGAGUAUGUACCCACUGUUUUCGAUAAUUAUGCUGUCACUGUUAUGAUCGGGGGUGAACCGUAUACAUUAGGACUCUUCGACACAGCUGGUCAGGAAGAUUAUGACAGGCUCAGACCUCUGAGUUAUCCACAAACAGACGUAUUUCUCGUCUGUUUCUCCGUCGUCUCACCUUCAUCGUUUGAAAACGUGAAAGAAAAGUGGGUGCCAGAAAUAACUCAUCAUUGUCAAAAAACUCCAUUUUUACUCGUUGGGACGCAAAUUGAUUUGCGAGAUGACGCCGCAACGAUUGAAAAAUUAGCGAAAAAUAAACAGAAGCCAAUAACUGGAGAGCAGGGGGAGAAGCUUGCUAGAGAACUUAAAGCUGUCAAAUAUGUAGAAUGCAGUGCUUUAACACAGAAAGGGUUGAAAAAUGUAUUCGACGAGGCAAUAUUGGCAGCACUGGAGCCCCCAGAAGUCGUCAGAAGAAGGAAAUGCGUCGUCUUGUAGAGGGUUUUCUAGACACCUGUUGAACUCCGAUAAUUAUUCUAAAAAAUUGCAUUAAAAAACAAUUGGUUUGUGUAUACCCGCCCAAAACACAGUAAGUCUCAACGAUGCAUUGCAAAUUACGAAUUGACUAAGUAAUUGGAGAAAACGAUCGUACGGUGGAAAAAGAAGAAAUAAUCUACACGAAGAUUGCGAUGCGUCUUAUCAUGAUGGAGGCAAAAAAUUAAUUCAAGCAAUUUUUUAUAAGCAGUGGCAAUUUUUUUAAAGCUUCCGAUAAAAACUUCAAUUAAAUUUUUUUCCACAUUUGAAUCGUGAGUAUGAAUUUUCACAAAAGGUGAAGAAUUUUCUUCAUCGUCUCUCGUCUGUGUGAGGAAUUUUUAGGAAUCAUGUGUAUUUGAGAGAUUGUGCCAUAUCCACCUCAACAUGCACGUGUCGGUUGAAAAAAAAAUUAAUUCCAAUAUUUCUUUUUUGUUCCUGAAACGAGAUAAAUUUAUAAUUUUUUUAUGAUUAUUUGUGGAGGUGUCGAAAAUUGAAAAAAAAAACAAAAAUCCCUUCCCUCAUCUCUCGUAGCACUUGUCACCGUCUAUUCAAUCCUCAAGUUUAUAUCAUUCGAAAAUCAUGUUCGACCGUUUAAUGGGUAGUUAACAAUUAUAUUGCGGUGAAAAGGCAAUGCAAACCUUUGGGGCGAUAAUUAAAAUCACAAAAAAGUCGGAAGUUCCUCCAAAAAUUAAAAAACUGAAAGGAUUCAGUUGUUUUUGCAUUUCACGGAAUAACAAAAUUGACGUGGAAAAUUUUUACGUACGGUAUACCGUAUUCACACUCAAACACGCUAUGAAUUAUUAUUGAAAUAAUUUCAACGAUUUGCAUAAAACGAAGGAA